UCUUAUUCCCUUAGGGAGAUAUAUAUAUAUAUAUACCCACACAAAACAAACCGCAAACAACAAUCUUACAUUGAGUUUUUUAUUUGAACCAAAAAUUGUAACAAAAAAUGGCAGGAAAAUUGUGUAUGGUGAUGAUGUUGGUAAUGGCAUUGUUAAUAAUGGGAUGUGAUCUCAAGACAUGCAAUGGAAUGGAUACCAAUGGUGCAAAAAAAGGUCCUUCAUGUUUCAAAAACUGCAUUGUCAAAUGCGGCAUAGAUGAUUACAAAUGUCAGUUGCAUUGCGAAGCUAUCUGUAAUCCUCCACCAUCGUCUCUUCUAAAGGAGGAAGGAAUAGUGGCGAAACAAGGGUAGAGCAAUAUUGAAGAACGUACGUUGUUCGAGGACUUGCCUCACUACUACUACUACUCUUUUUAAUUCUCAUAGAAAAAUAUUGACUUUUAUGAUAUGAUCUGUACUUUUUGAAACUACAAUUAUAUUUUAUAUCAGUGUUAUAAUUUAAUCGGAG